AUGCGCUUUCCCUGCGAAUACACCUUUACGACCGGGUAUACGGGUGAAUUCAGAAAUCUAGUUGUUCAAGAUAAUCCAAUCUUUUGUUGUUCUCUAUCUUGUUUACCUCUUCAAAGCUCAGAAUUGCCCAUGAGCACUAAGCAAAAGUCAAACCACAUCAAUCAAACACAGAUGUCAAACUCAAGCAAAGCAAAUAUCCCAAAAGAUUUAUUUGGUCAACUACCUGAUGAAACCAUACUUGAGAUUGUAGGAUAUAUUUUGAAUGACUGGACUCACUACAAAGGAAAUCAUCAUCAGAAAAACAAGCAGAUCAUCACUCUUGUGUCAGAAGACACAGAACCUUUACACCUUUAUGAACACAAACCAGAAGCUCCUAUCAUGACUAGCUUUCAAUCCUUUUCUGUUUGUAAUCGUCGGAUUCAUCAAAUCUGUCAGCCUGUCCUAUGGCAAUGUCUUGCGAUUGAUGGUGAAAUUCCACGUCCCAUGUCUUUCUGGAACCAGGAAAUCUUACCGAAAUAUGCUUGUUACGUUAAAGAAUUUUACGCGGAUUUGAGAGGCGAGUGGAUCAGAGAACCCCAUAGCCCUGUCUCUAUUAGACAGACUGUCCGUGAAGGAAAUCAACAUCAUCUUACUUUGCGGUCGUCCGAUCUGAACAAAUUCAAGUUUCUCAAGUCUAUCGGUGAUCGUCCCAGAACUUUCAACACUCAUGGAGCUCUGUUAGCCGAAGCCGUCGAUUUUCACAAACUCGCCCCCAACGUUCAAAGAAGUCUCCUUGAAGUCAAACAGGAUGUUGUGCUAAACAAAUCACCUGUUCCAAGUCCAGAAGAACUCCUCAAAGUACUUGCUCAAUGUAACAAUCUCACAUCGAUUUGUUUCAAAUUUCCGGGUCAUUGGCUGUCUUUUUCAACAAGAAAAGCGUCUAACCUGAGUUGCAACUUGACUUCACUAUUUUCCAAUCUUCAACAUCUUCAACGUCUUCAAUAUCUCGCAUACACAGCUCCCCCCUAUUCAUCAAUACCUGCAGAGUCCAUAAUCGAACCUAUCAAACAUCUACCACUACUACGAUCUUUGGAGCUAGCAAAUAUUUCAGUUAAACACUGGGGGCGUACUGAUUGUCUUGCUAGCUCUCUUCACGAUCUCAAAAACCUGAAAGUUCUGGCUCUAAUAUAUGUUGAUGUGAUAGAUGACUCUUGGGCACGUCAUGAAGCUCCCCCCCAGUUGGUCAAACUCGUGCUCUAUCACUAUCUCAAUAUGUGGUCAUCAAAUCUGCCUUUGUACAUCAGCUCUUGGGCUCCUCACCUGAUUGACCUCGAACUCAAACUUGAAGAACGCCAUUACUCUGAACAAGACGAGGUGCCACCUGACUUCGACCCAACAAUCCAUCGGUUUUCUCUACCUGCUUUAACACAUCUAACGAUAUACCGUAAUUUUGCGUGCGAAACGUUUCAAUGCUUUACAGAUUGUCCAAAUCUUCUUCAUCUCACAGUGCGCGAUCCAUCUGAAGAUGGACUAUCUGAGUUUAUAGAUUUUAUUAUCAGUGAUGUGUUCCCUAAUUUGAAGAAAUUAGUAAUGCCUAUGAAAUAUAGAAAUCUUCCACCUAAUCCGACACUGGAUUCUAUAUUGAUUCCAUUGGAAGAUUUCUGCAAGUUUAAAGGCAUAGAAUUUGAUGUGAUUCAAGACUUUGUAUCUCGACCAUUUUCCCCCACUUAUUUUUGA